CUUGGCUACUAGAUCUCGCCUAUUCUGUUGGUUAGUUGGAGUCGAUCAGUCGACCGGUGUGGGUCUAUAUUAGCUCUCACUAUAGUAGCUAGUUCAACUGUGUGUUACUAGAGUGUCUAUUCACUAGAGUGAUUUAUUGUAAUAUUUGACAACAAUCAUGUUAUAUUAUUAACCAUGAUGUUUUAAUAUAGACAAAGAUUUGUUAAUAUUAGAUCAUGUUUUGAUAAAACCGAAUCACUUUAUGAAACGUUGUAUUUGUGGACAGGGAUAUUUUAACGUGCUGUGAUUUUUUGGGGCUAAAAUGGAUCAUUUCCUUCGGAUUAUCUUUUGGAUACAGACCUUUACACUGGUCGUUGCUAGUUUAGGAUCACAAUGUACAUUCCCGACUGAUUGGCGGGGUACAUGGUACCAGAGUAUGUUAGGAGAUAUAGAGAUUAGUCUACACAAUAUGUCACGCAUGGGUCAUUGUGUCGAGAAGGAAGACAAUAAAUAUCUUUUAUUUGACAGAAGUCAACUGUGUUUUAGAUGUUUAGUAUUUACACCACGACAUAAAAAUAUCUUACAGUAUAAAGCAGGUUAUUGUUAUAAACAGAAUUCAUUACGAGAUGUUUGUGGACAUAUAACUGGCGAUGACCCACUUCUUACCAUUGUCAAAGUUCACAGUGAACCAGUCCAAUGUCCAUUCCAAGGCCCAUAUUUAUUCUCGUACACGAAUGAAAGUAACACCGAAUGCGCUGAACCCAUGUCGGAAAUUCAGGCAUGCGCAGAUAGUUCCAGAUUUAAAUUCAAGUUUCGACAUUGUCACCAUAGACCAGAAACUCAUAAUUUAAAUUUAAAUUUCCAGUGUUAUGCCACGUGGCACAAUGGUGAGAGGUUUUUAUAUGGCAAAUUUACGAGCCGUUCGAUGGUCAGUCGAGAACAGAUGUAUCGAUGCUUUAUGUUUAGUUUUUGGGGUACACGAGGAGAGAUGAGUAUGUCAGCCGAUGCUUCGUGUCUUGGUUUACAGUCGCCAUCUGUGGGUGGUAUGACCAUGGUUUUACAUCAUAGAGGGGAUAGUUGGCCACAACCAGCCUGUUCCUUUCCAAGCUUCUUCACCAAAAUUCGGGAAUGGCGAGACCUUGCCGGAAAAUACCGAAUCAUAGUCGAUAAAGAUCGGGAAACAUUCCGGCUAUUAGAUGCCGCCGAUCCCAUAUACGGACAUGAUGUACAAACUGAAACUCGACUUAGUAUCCGAUGUAUCGAUAUACCAACGAAUAUGGCGGGAAAGGAGAUCAUGAAUAUACUGACAUAUACUACUAAUGAUACAUGUGUUUCUGAGUACCAAUGUGUAAGAGUAGUACGCCACAGUCAUUCAGUUGUAGAAUUGAUGUUCGGUACCACACAAGUCGAUCAGUUUACAAAAUGUCAUGAUCACCAUUUUAGACAAUCUGUGAAACAUGUCCUAAUACCUCAUGGAAGCCGACCUAGUCCGUGUCCAUUCCCUGGAAGUUAUGCUUACGUUGAUAAAAUGUCUGACUGUGGUGGUAGAAUCAGUAUUGGGUGUGGAAAUGAUGCGCAGAUGAUUGUAGAAUCAUCCUGUCCUUCUGGUCAUCAAUCAGUGGAAAUUUUACAGUGUUACUAUAACUGGACUGUUCGAGAAUCAAUGUUUACUAUAGCCGGUAGACCGGGUGAUUUACGCCAGACUGACUGUUUGGUAUUAAAGAAAUCAACGGAAGGAUUCCUAAUACAAGCCGAAGAAGAGUGUGGUGGUGGGAAACUGAGAAUAAUGAAUAAAUCUAUAAAUUAUAUUAUUACGUCACCAGCAGAACAAUGUCAAGUAGAAGAAAUAGUUUAUAAAAGUACAGAAAGUACAGAGGGCGCCGUUGUGAAGAGUACGCUUAUAAAGAGCAUACAGACACGUAAAGAUAACCGUAAAAUUAUAAACAAUGUAGCUGCCGUUAGGUGGAGCUGGUCACUAAGUUUAACUUUAAUAUUAACACUCAUGUUCUUGAACAGGUGAUACGAAGUAUUAUUAAUUAUAUAAAGUGCUCAAGGUAUAUCAUAAUAGUUACAUAAUUCUUCUAUUAUCUUAUUUGAAAAACAAAAUUUAAAAUCCAUGUGAGUGAACGCCCUUGAAUUUACUAUCGUCCUGUGUACAUACAUUCCUAUAUGGGCUAAGACUGGAUGAAACCGCCUAUUGUAAAAGUGUUGUGAAGGAAAUCCGAAACUAUUAUGAUCACGCGAUUGUGAUGUCACGUGAUUACAGUAAUGUAGGGUGGUGUUGAAUAACGGAUGAUUUUUAGUGUGAGUUGGUCUGUCACAUCGAAUAGAAUUUGGUUAAUAAAGACUAGAUCAUUGGUUUUAAGUGAACCGGAAGUGAAGUUUAAAGAAGACAAGUUUGUGUAUCCAGACGUUUAUACUAUGUUGACUGUUAUUAGAGAAUUUAUAUUGUUAAAACUGAAAAUACUAGAGUGCGUGUUUGUACAAAUUGAUAAUAAAUAACAUAAAACGAGAUGGAGGCCGAUGUCUGUAUAGAACACGUAACGUAAUGUGAUGUGACGUAUUGUGUUCUAAAUACAACGUAUGUUACGUGAACCGGAAGUAACAUGUGUCCCUCGCUUGUCAGAUGGGUCUUUGAAGUAUUUUAUCAUUUUAUACUACCGAGCCAAGUUUGUGCAUAUAAUGCAUGAAUUUUAAAGUAUUGAUUAUAAAUUGUAUUGUUGUGUUGCGUUUUACAUAUUGAGAAAAUUAGAUCUGGCUGUACCGACAUUUCUGGGGAAAAUCUCAGUCUAUUGCUUCAAUUUUUACUAAAGUCAUCAUUACACUCCGUAUUGUAGAAUUACAAAAUAUUAGUAUUAACUAAUAAUCAUAUACGUAGCUAAAGUGGUAAAUUCCGUGGUUAUAUUUUAAUUAAUUUAUUAUUUUCUUAUUACCAUACAAUAAUGUCGGUUUAGCCAGAAGUAACUACAUUAUACAUUUAAUAAUAAUAAUAUUAUCUACAGUAUUGUUUUGUCUUUAUAUUUUGUUGUGUUAUCAUUUAUCGGUGGGUAAUUAACCAGUGUGUUUUCUAAAAUAAGAUAAUAGUGUUCCCUAUUUUUUCUGAAACAACGUUUAAAUAAAUAGCUCAUCAACAAGUCCCAAUAUUAAUUCAAAAUGGCAGGAGCAGUGUGGGGUUGUUGGUGACAUCAGGUCAGAAAUGUUUAAAAUUAUUACAGAUCCAAGAAAGGCUAAUGUUAUAUCUUUAUCUGAAGACUUGUCAAUGCUAAAAAAAAGUAAUAGGCUUAUGAUACCCUUUAAUUUUUAGUCUAUGAUUGCCCAAAAUGUCUGUUUGUUAGGCACAGCCAGAGUCAUAUAUUAUGACACUGGGUAGGCCUACAGUAUCUAUAUCUUCAUAAUAAACUUACAUGGCGCCAUCUAACGAGCAUCUUCGUCACCAACCCCACGCCGUCUCCACCCAGUAUACCAUAUUCAUGUGUUGAUAAUUAUGUUUGGUGCCUUUGAUAUAUUUGGUAUAAAUUGUAAAUAGCUUCCUGCACGACUAGCUAUAAAUACAUAACAUUAGUAUUUUAUAAUUUUACUGCACCAUUAAACACUUUCAACAUCCCAUGUCAUAUUGCCCUCUACUUUUUGGAAGCCAGAUACGGUCAGUAGGCGGAUUGUGUUUACUUUUACCGGUUUAAAUGUAGUUUUACCACCGGAAAUAUCCACCAGAUAAUCGAGGUUACGUUUCCAUAAUUAGAGGUCAGGGACUUUAUUUACGAAAACUUAAGCUAGGAGAUUCGAAGGUUACGACAUUUUCAUUGGCAGUGUGUUAAAUCCUAGUGCAUAUUUGAGCUUUAGGCCAAAUGAAAAGGCUGUCUAUAAAUUAAGAUAUUUUAGUUUAAGUUUUCGUGACUAAGCCCCGGGAUGUUUUUGAACACACCUAUAGUCACACAGCAAAUUAUGAAACAGACAUCUUGAAUAACAAUCCCAUGGAAAACGAAAACACUAAGUUUUAUAUUGAUUUGUUUAGUUUAAGUUUUGUGAAAAAAAGUGACAGUCAAUGGUCUACGAUACUAGAAACAAUAGAAAAAUAGUUGAACAUUGAAAAUAAUGAUUUGACAAAACGGUCUUUUAAAAAACUUUCAGCAUUACGCUGCUUGGGAAUAAUUAGCAUUCAGCAGAGAAAAGAAAGGUGGCCACUUGAACCUUUCUGGUAGGGCAAAUAAUUAUCCUGUUACAUAUUUCUAGGGUAUUUUCUAUACCUGUUUAAAGACUAAACAUUACAAAAGACGUCUAUAUCCCACGGCAAGUUUCUAUAUUGUAAAAUUCGUUUAAAUAUAUGAUAUUGAGAUAUACAUAUAAAUAUAAUUUAAUAUAUUAUUGGGCGUGGUAUUGUGAAUCAUCUUAUGUGCAUAAUUCUGCCGCUCAAGAUUCAUCAAAUGAUAAAGCAGAAUCCAGCAAUAUCUAGCAACAUUUUCUUAUUGACAUCUCUUUAAAUUGAAACCAGACAUGUUUCAGCAGCAAAACUGAUCCUAUCAAAUAACCAGUUAUGUAAAUCAGUGUUCGGCUCUGUUGUGGUCCCUCUCUUCCUUUACAAUUUACAGUGUUAGUCCCAAAAUGCAUUUUGUAUUUUAAGAAUUAAUUCAAGAUCGCGCUAAAAUAGACGUGAAAGAAAUCUGAAAUUACAAAAUGCGUUGAACAGGGAUUUCUUAAAUAAUUCCGUGCGAGUAUGUUGUGUUAUAAGAAUUCUUUUUAUAUUGAAAUUUGCUUAACUUACAGUAAAAUAAUAUCGAAGCAUGUCCCACUUUCGUAUUUAAACAUAAUAAGAUAAUAUUUAUGGUGUGUGAACUAAUAAACAAUGAAUAGUUAUAUUAAUUAUUGUUUUAUAAACUUGUUACUUUGUUUUUAUUUAUUUCAUUUAUAUAGCCAUGUAAAUAUCAUAAUAAAUAAAUUGACUUUCUAUUGAGGAUAGUAAAAUACAGAAAGAAAAACAAGGAAUGCAUUUGGAAUUGUCUUUUAGCAUGUGUGUUACGAUUGAAUAAACCCUAAUCUCUUUAAGCAUUAAAAUGAUCAGGAUUUUAGUCUAACCUGUUACAAGAGUACAGAUUAGGAUGUUAUUGAACAAUUCAGAUUGUAUUUUCCCUUUAUUAAAUAGAUAUGCAUGCGGUUCCAAGGAAAAACUUUAAGUCAGCAUUCCUGUUGUGCUGUAUUUAAUUUUCGGAAUUGAAUAUCAACUUUUUGUAAGUAUUUUAACAUGUAAUAGAUGCAGGAAAUGACACAAAAUUGACCUGAUAACGGAACCAGGAAAAAUUUUCAAAAUGCGUUCUGGUUAUUUUUUUCUUUCUAAGUAAGACAAUAUUGUAAAGAUGUAUAUUUUUUAUUUUGUGCUAAGAACUAUGUAUGGAUAAUACGUAUAUAUGAUGUUUUACAGGUAUAUGUAUAUUGUUAAACAUGAAUAAUGGAAAAUAUUUUCAUUUUUAUUAUUAAUAUGUAUCUUACUUCUUCAGAUAAUAAUAAGUUCCAACGAGUCUUUUAACACACCAGAUCAAGCACUAUAUUUUGACCCAAGUCAAAGGUCGUCUUUUCCUUUAAAGGUUUUUUUUUUCCAAAAAUGUUAAUUAAUGGUAAUUAGUUUAGUCUAGAAACAUUACAAUGUUCAUUUUUGAUCAAAAAUAAUUGUAACAUUUUAAAAGAAAAUGUUCAUGAAAUAGCUACACGCAUUUUAAACAGAAUUACAUGUUAGACUUUUUACAAAAAGAAAACUUCACUUUAAAUUAAAGACAGACAAGACUGUGACGUAGCUAUGUUUAUUUAAGUAUAAGCCAAAGCUGUUAAUUUAAUGUCGGGUUGGAUCCUGAAAUUAUCAUGUCUGGUAUCUUAAAUAAUGCUUGGCAUUUUUGCCAAAUAUAUCCUCAAUUUAAAUGUCAAACUGGUUAUUUGAAAGUCCCAGUUUUAAAAAAAAGAAGAUGCAGAGAUUGAGUGUAUGAUUAUUAUACAUUGGUUGCUGUUCCUAGGAAGGAAUCCUUCGAUAUAAAGAUAUUUCCAGGAUUUUUAGUCCACUAACAUUGCAAAUAUCGAAUAAACAUUGGAAACUCUAAGCUCGAUUUAUAAAUAUUAAAAUAUUGUUUCUUCAUUAAUAUUUUGUAUUAGGCAAUUGUAUAAACAUUAAUAUCUUCGGUUCACUAUUUUUUAAAAAAGAUACAGUCAGAUCCCAUUAUGUCGAUUUCGAUAAAUUCAAGGGACUGGUAUAUUUCGAAGAAUACUUGGUCUGGUCUGUAGAAUCGACGUAGUUAACUCGAUUAUAGCCCUAUACCUUUAGUUGAUUAAUAAUGUUGGUUUUCUUUUCAAUUAACAUUUUGUAUUAGCCCAACCGAAUUAAAGAUUAAUAUAUUUGUCUAAAUAUUUUGAAUAAACAUACUGAAAAGCCCUUCACUUAAUCCGAAUUUAUUUAAUCGAGUAUAUAUAUAUAUAUUUGUAAAUAUAAGUAUGGUGUGUGUGUCUAACUCCAUAACAUAAUGUUUUGUAUAUUUCUGAUUGUCUAUAAUAUAUGUACAAUGUACAGUCGAUGUAAAAAGAGUAUAUCUUGCAAUA